AUGUUGCUCAGGUGCUUGAGGAGACCGGCUCUGUUUUCGGGUAUCCGUACUGUGCGUCCAUACUCUACCAAAGGCAAGCUUGAGGAUGACGACGAUCUGAAUUUUGAUGCCGUGGAUAUCCUGAAGAAGCCCAACUCAGACGAAGACGUAUUGCCCCAGUUCCAGCCCUUUGACUGGUUCAAGGUGUUCAAUUCUCCCCCAACCGAGCCUAAGAAGCUUCCAGCUCCAGAACGCGUCAAGAAUUUGCAAUCAGAGCUGCUCAAGUACACUUCGAUGGAGAGCAUUGAGAAGCUGGCUCCCGAUUUUCUCACCGCUUUCAACAAUAGUCUCUCGGAAUUUGGGGACCGGUUUUUGCAGGACGCUGUUGCUGAGGAUGAGACGUUGCACAUGAUUGCCGAGCAGGAGGGCAAGGAGACCGCCUACUACCAGGCUGUUGUGGGACUGUUGAAAGGCCAGACAGAUAUACAGAUCCUGAACAUGCGGUUGCAGACCCCCCGCGAGGAGGUAGAGGAAGGUCUUUACAGUCGGUUUGUGGCAUCUCUCAGCGAAAAGGAGGACAAGUUCAAUAUUCAAACUGUUUUGGAGGAGUAUGCAAAGUUCCCGGUUCCUCGGGCGAAGCAUAUGCAGCCAGAGCAUCUGGAGACGUUUCUUGAGCAUUUCAAGAUGUACUGUCUUUAUUUGAGUCCUGAGCUGGUGAAUCUGGUUUUCCAGGACGUGAUUGACUCUGGCAUGAUGAUCACGCAGGAAGAGCUGGUGCGGAGUCUGAGUUGCACACUGGCUAGCAACGAGGAUUUUGAAGAGGACACUUACAGACAGUAUAAGCAGGUGUUCACGGGGUCUGGGUUUGAGCUGAACGUAGACGCGUACAACAUGUUGUUGACGGCGUGCGUUGUUGCUCGCAAUUCUGCGCUGUUUGACAAGAUUCUGGCGGAGAUGAACGAGGACGGAGUGCAGCCAAACAGAACGACUUUCCAGCUGAUGGCGGACCAUUGCGGAAACGUGAAAGACACUAACAGACUGCUGAACCUGCUGGAGAUGCGGCUGGUCCAAAUCCCGCUAUUUUUGGACCCCAACGAGAUUGCCACGUUUGCGAAUGCCUUGCUAAACUGUGGAGAGCAGCAGCUGGCCAAGGACAUGGUGGGCGUUCCGCUGCUAGUGAGAGACCUGUGCAUCCACCACAAUGAGCUGGACGUGUCGUCGUAUGACGGAAACUCGUUGGAAGAUCAGCUACACAUGAUUCCAUACAAUUCUCCGCUGGACAUGUUUGACUUCCUGACCAGAGACCAAAGGCUGUUCAUGUUCUACCCUGACAUUCCGGAAUGGACGUUUGACGUGUUUGCAGAGCACGCUGACUCAUUCAAGGAGAUCCAGGACGUGGUGCAGAACGCGCGCUCGAAUUCUAUCGGGAUUUCCAUUCCUGUGGCUACCAAAUACAUGGAAUUGUUUUACCAAGACCGAAAACGCCUGAGAAUGGAUCUUCUCAGGAACGUGACCGACGAGCUGCUCAGCUCCACACAAGAGAAGGCGCUGUACCUGAUCAGCAAUCCACAGAUGGUCCAGCUGGUGGUAAAUCUUGGCCACCAUUUUGUGCAGACGGGAGAGCUGCCGAACGAUGACGUGACAAAACGCGCUCUUAAAGAACUACAAUCAGAGCUAGACACUGGCGCCGCACUAAAAUCUGAGGAUGCUCUCGAUAAGCGAUUACGCAAUGUGUCAUAUUUGCUCAAUUACUCAUUAGAAAGUUCCUAG